AUGGCUGAUGCCUUUCUGUCAUUUGCAGUUCAAAAAUUGGGUGAUUUCCUCAUACAACAAGUUUCACUGAGAACAAGUCUGAGAGAUGAAGUUACAUGGCUGAGAAAUGAGUUACUCUUCAUACAGUCUUUCCUCAAAGAUGCAGAACUAAAGCAAAGUGGAGAUCAUAGAGUUCAACAAUGGGUGUUUGAGAUCAACUCUAUUGCUAAUGAUGUUGUUGCUAUACUCGAGACUUACACCUUUGAGGCUGAUAAAGAUGAAUUUGCUAGUCGUCUCAAGGCUUGCGUUUGCAUAUGUAGGAAGGAGAAGAAAUUCUACAAUGUCGCCGAGGAGAUUCAAUCACUCAAGCAACGAAUCAUGGAUAUCUCUCGCAAACGAGAUACUUAUGGUAUUACAAAUAUCAAUAGUAAUGCUGGAGAAGGGCCAAGUAAUCAGUCUGCCAUGGUUGGAACAUUGAGGAGAACUACCUCAUAUGUGGAUGACCAGGAUUACAUUUUUGUUGGACUUCAGGAUGUUGUACAAACAUUGCUAGCUCAACUUCUCAAAGCAGAGCCUCGUCGAACCGUCCUCUCCAUUUAUGGCAUGGGCGGAUUAGGCAAGACCACUCUUGCCAGAAAACUCUACAAAAAUCCUAAUAUUGCCUCUUGCUUCUCUACACGCGCUUGGAUAUGUGUUUCUCAAGAGUACAACACAAUGGAUCUUCUUAAGACUAUCAUAAAAUCCAUCCAAGGUUGCGCCAAGGAAACUCUAGAUUUGUUGGAAAAGAUGGCAGAAAUAGAUCUAGAAAAUCACCUUCGUAAUCUAUUAACAGAACGCAAAUACCUUGUGGUGGUUGAUGAUGUAUGGCAGAGAGAAGCAUGGGAAAGUUUGAAAAGAGCAUUCCCGGAUAGCAAGAAUGGCAGCAGAGUUAUUAUUACCACGCGCAAAGAGGAUGUCGCUGAAAGAGCAGACAAUAGAGGUUUUGUCCAUAAACUUCGUUUCCUAAGCCAAGAAGAAAGUUGGGAUCUCUUUUGUAGGAAACUAGUUGAUGUUCGAGCAAUGGUUCCAGCAAUGGAAAGUCUAGCUAAGGAUAUGGUGGAAAAGUGUAGAGGCUUACCUCUUGCAAUUGUUGUAUUGAGUGGACUACUUUCGCAUAGAGGGGGGCUGGACAAAUGGCAAGAAGUGAAAGAUCAACUUUGGAAGAACAUUAUUGAAGAUAAAUUUAUUGAAAUCUCCUGCAUUCUAUCAUUAAGCUACAACGAUUUGUCAACUGUGCUCAAGCAGUGUUUUCUGUACUUGGGUAUUUUUCCGGAAGAUCAAGUUCUCGAGGCUGAAAACAUAAUAAGGUUGUGGAUGGCUGAGGGUUUCGUACCAAAUGUAGAAGAAAGAAUGGAGGAUGUGGCUGAAGGCUUCUUGAAUGAGCUGAUAAGACGAAGCUUGGUUCAAGUGGUGAAUACGUUUUGGGAAAAAGUUACUGAAUGUAGGAUUCAUGAUUUACUCCGUGAUCUUGCCAUACAAAAGGCAUCCGACACAAACCUCUUUGACAUUUAUCAUCCAAGAAAGCACUCCAAAUCCUCUUCAUGUAUCAGACUUGCCAUUCAUAAUCAAGGAGAAAUGUAUCACUCACUUGAUCUUUCUAAUUUGAAGUUGAGGUCAAUUAUGUUCUUCAAUCAGGAUUUUCGUAAUGUGUUCCAACAUAUAGAUGUGUUUCGACAUAUAUAUGUGUUGUGCUUGCAUACGAAUUAUGGUUGUUUUAUACCUAAUGCCAUAGGGAGUUUGUACCACCUCAAGUUCUUUAGAUUGAGAAGUACAUAUCAUGUUCCCUCGUCCAUUGGCAACCUCAAGAAUCUACAGACACUUGUUGUCGAUGCGGGCAGUGACACUUUCCAACUACCCCACGAGACAGCUGACCUGAUAAAUUUAAGACAUUUAGUUGCUCGGUAUUUAGAACCUCUGCCACAUAUAAGCAAACUCACUAGUCUUCAAGUUCUUAAAGGUGUUGGUUGCGAUCAAUGGAAAGAUGUUGACCCUAUUGAUUUAGUCAAUCUUCGAGAAUUAAGCAUGGAUAGUAUUAGGAACUCUUACUCCCUAAACAACAUUAGCAGCUUGAAAAACCUUAGCACUCUCAAAUUGAUUUGUGGACAACGUCAAUCAUUUCCAUCCCUUGAAUUUGUUAAUUGUUGUGAAAAGCUCCAGAAAUUGUUCUUAUAUGGGAGAAUAGAGAAACUGCCUCAUCUGUUUCCAAAUUCCAUCACAAUGAUGGCUCUGAGGGACUCAGGACUGACAGAAGAUCCGAUGCCUAUUUUGGGAAUGUUGCCAAACCUAAGGAAUCUCCAAUUAGAAGCAGCUUAUAAAGGAGAAGAAAUAAUGUGCAGUGAUAACAGCUUCAGUCAACUAGAGUUCCUUCUUCUUGAUUUUCUUUGGAACCUAGAAAGAUGGGAUUUAGGCACAAGUGCCAUGCCUCUGAUUAAAGGUCUUCGUAUCCAUAAUUGUCCAAGUUUAAUGGAGAUUCCAGAGAGAAUGAAAAAGUUGUUGAAGAGGAAUUAA